AUGACCAAUAACCAACCCGACUCAUCUCAAUUCUCGACCUUGCUUCCAGCCGACCAGUACUAUGGCACCUCUCACGAGCCUCGCAGAACAACCAGGACCUAUAGCUGGUCUCAUCGACACAACAAUAAUGGCGCAGGCAACAAUGCUCAUGACAUGAAUCCCAACAACGUCGCCAAUAUCUUGGAUAACUUCCAUUUCAACUCCCAGGAGCUCGAUUCAAGCAUUACCAAGCAAAACCUCAACCAAGAAGAAGACUCAUCCUUUGUACAGCAUCAGCGAAACCGUAGACUCAGUCAUGACGAGAAGCCGAUUCAAGCUAGAAAAUUCUUACUCCCAGUCGAAGAGACCAUCAGGUUGGUUCUAGAACAAGAAGAUACGAACGGAGACUUCCAAAUCUCAAUCACAGACUCCGGUCCAAAACUGUUAUCUGUUGGAACUGUUUCAUCCAAUGGUUACAAAAAAUUCGAUAUUCGAGGGCAAUAUAUGAUCUCUAACCUCUUACAAGAACUGGCACUUGCAUCGUCGUAUGGUCGAAAACAUAUCGUAUUGGAUGAAGGAAGACUGACCGAAAAUCCCGUGGAUAGACUGUCGCGAAUGAUCAAGACGACUUUUUGGCCCUCAUUAACGCGAAGGAUCGAUGAAGCUGGACUACUAACGAUCUUAAAUGAUCCCAAGGAUCGAUCAUCAACCCAAGCGCGCCGGAUCUAUGUCCCCCACGGGGAAGAAGAUAUCUUCAACUACUACAAACAAAUCGCCAAUCAACAUCCUCAGCUCGAAUUGAUCGUCGAAAUGCUUCCUAAUCGAUCAGAUAUCACCCCCAGCUUCGUGCGCUCUCUCAACGACCGCCCCGGCAUCCUGGCUCUCGCAAUGAAAAAUAUCCAAGCCGGCUCAGGUCAUCAGCAAUUACAAGCUAUCCCGUUCGUUGUGCCUGGGGCUCGGUUCAAUGAGCUUUACAACUGGGACUCUUAUUUUAUUUCAAUAGGACUUUUAAUCGAUGACUAUUUGGAAUUGGCUCAAGGAAUUGUUGAACACUUCGUAUUCGAAAUCAACCAUUAUGGAAAAAUUUUAAAUGGUAAUCGGUCAUACUAUUUAAGUCGUUCCCAGCCACCCUUCUUAACCGAUUUCGCUCUGCAAGUGUACUCUCGACUGCACCCGCUUGAGAUUACCGAAAAUAAGAUUUGGUUGGCGAAAGUGAUCAAAGCGGCAAUUAAAGAGUACCAUACGGUCUGGAUGGCCAAGCCACGGCUCGAGCCUAGGACGGGGUUGAGUCGAUAUCGACCGGAUGGGAUCGGAGUGCCGCCUGAAACCGAAUCUUCUCAUUUCACACAUGUCUUACAGCCUUAUGCUCAAAAGCAUUCGAUGAGCGUGAAUGAGUUUAUUGAUGCUUACAAUCAAGAGAAGGUCCACGAACCCGAAUUGGAUGAAUACUUCUUGCACGACCGAGCGGUCAGAGAAUCUGGUCACGACACCACUUAUCGCUUCGAAGGAGUCUGUGCGGACCUAGUGACGAUCGACUUGAACAGCCUGCUAUACAAGUACGAGAUCGAUAUCGCUACUUGUAUUCGGGACGUAUUUGAUGACCGGCUGGAGUUAGAUGAAGAGUUCGAGUUCUCUAGCUUUCCAUUUGGCGAAGAACUCCCUCAUUCCCAACCUGAUUUCACUGAGCCACCGCAACAUCGUCACGUUAAUCAGAAAGUUCAGAGCUCAAAAGAGUGGUUCGAUCGCGCAAAGAGACGAAAACAGUUGAUCGACCACUUCCUUUGGAAUCCUGGAAAAUCUCUCUUCUUUGAUUUCAAUGCCAAGGAGUUCAAGCAAACUACUUACGAGUCUGUGACCGCUUUGUGGACAUUAUGGGCCGGCCUUGCUAGCCAAGAACAAGCAGAAAAAUUGGUGGCGCAUUCUUUGACGAAGUUUGAAGUGCCUGGUGGGCUUGUGGCAUGCACUGAAGCAUCUCGGGGCGAGAUAAGUUUGGUGCGACCCAAUCGACAAUGGGAUUAUCCUGCUGCUUGGGCUCCCCAUCAGAUCUUGGCUUGGGUCGGAUUAGAGCGGUACGGCUUCACCCAAGAGUCUCAACGGACCGCGUACCGCUGGUUAUACAUGAUGACGAAAGCGUUUGUCGAUUAUAACGGAGUCGUGCCCGAGAAAUAUGACGCAAUUGCUCUCAAUCAUUUGGUCCAUGCAGAAUACGGAAACCAAGGGGUAGAUUUCAAGAUGGUUCCUAGAGAAGGAUUUGGAUGGUGCAAUACAAGCUAUCAAUUAGGCUUGAAGUUCUUGAACGAUUUCCAGCGUCGAGCUCUUGGCGUUCUCGUACACCCUGACGAACUCUUCCUGCUCUCUAAACCGCCUCCUCAUACUCAACCUGUCCGCCAUCUCCAACAUUGA